AUGGCUCCAUCAUCUCCAGACAGACCCUCUUUCUCUGAGGAUGAGGAUGAAGAAUCCUUUAAUCUAGCUACUCUUGGAGCUCCAACUCCAGCUCAGCCCACCAACAAAGGGCUAACCUCUACCCAUGAGCCUCAGACCCCCAGCAACACUCAGACCAGCCCAGCUGCCAACAACACUACCACCACCACCACCAACAACAACAACGGCACCAACACCAACACCAACACCACCACCAACAACAACACCACCACCACCACCAAGAAGAAGAAGGCUCCCAAGGUUGUGGUGUCUGAAGGCCAGGAGGUCACUGAUGGGGGAGCUUUGCCCACUGGAAGGGUUGCUCCAAUCUCUUCCACCCCUGGUGGUGGGAAAGAGGUUAGGCUUUCUGCCCUCCAGGCUUUGGAGAAGAGAUAUCAGGAUGCCAAAGCCACUCUGGCUGCUCUCUUGAGUGAGGCUACUGAGACUCUUGGUGCCCCUCCUUCUUUGGAGGGGAAUCUCUUUGCCAAGAUGGAUGAGGCCUUGGACUUGAGGCUGGAAAGCUGGAAAGUCAAAAUCGAGGAGGGUGUCACCACCAAGUCUGAGGUGGUGGUAUUGGAUGAUGAUGUAGUUGAGGUAACAAAGUCUAAGAAGAGACCUCGUGCAUCUGACAAUGCCUCACUUCCCACCUUCUCUAAGAAGCAGAAAUCUGCUGGUGCUGGCACUCAGGGUGAGAAGAGUGCUCCCCCUCCUGCCUCCUCCAAGAAGGGCAAGGGGAAGGAACAAGAAAGUCUCUUUACGGACGACGAGGAGGAUCGCUACGAGGACGAUGUCGAUGUCGAUGGCGAUGGUAAUGGCGAUGGCGCGGCUGCGGGGGAUAAGGGGAAGGGUGGAGCUGAGAAGGAAAAGGAGAAGGAGAAGGAGGUGGAGGAUAAUAGUGUGAUCAAGAAGGGUCAUUUCUUGUCUGCUUUGGUCUUAUGCAGAUACUCCCUCCCUGGUGGGGUCAAGGAGAUUUAUACUCAGUCUUUGGGUGCUUUAGAGCCCAAGCAGGCAGCUCAAAAUGCUGGGAAGACUGCUCUUGAAUUUGGAACUCUGGCGUCUCCGAUUCUUUUUCGGUUCUUGAAUUGGAUCCCUUCUGCAGUUGGCCAUUUUCAGGUCAACAAACAUGAAUUGGCCUCUAGGAUGAAUUCACAACUCAUGGGUGCUCCUAGAAAGAAGCCUUUUUUUGAGCUCAUCAGAUCUGCUCCUGGGUUAAUUCAGGUUUCUUAUCCUGAUCCCUUCUGGAACAAAGCUCUCAUUGACUUUGACAAGAUCCAGACUGCUUCCAAGGAGAAUCCCAAGGAUCCUGUGGGUGGUUGGACAGCCGUGCUCAACUUGAUCUGCCGAGCUGAAGGUGAUAACACCUUGGGUUACACCACCCAUGCAUCCAGGAAGUCUUUGAUUUCUGCUGCCUUCAACCGAGUUAGUCAGCUCACUCGGGACUCUGUGGCUGCAAUCUCAGUCAACAUCAAGCCCCCCAAAGAGGACCCAAAGGCUCCCAAAACCGAUCUGGACGGUCUCCGUAGUGCUGGGAAAUUUUUGCAUAACCGAAUCGAAGCUCUUGGCGGUAGCACUCCUAGCUCUGGGAAGAAGGGGCAGGUCAAGGCCUCUGAGGAAGGUAUCGCGUUUCUCCAAAAACGGAUCUUUGAAAUGCUUUUGGGAAUUGCUCUGUGCAUAGAAUGCAAUGAGCUCUUCAAGAAGGAGAAGGAGUACGAGAGAUUGCCCGGCUUGACUCAAGAGGAAAUCAAGGCUAAAAAAGCCGAUCUUCAGUCGGUUGCUGUCUUUCGCGCUGGUCCUGGAACUCUCUCUGCGGUCGACUGGUCUAUUGCCAGAAAGGAGGCUUAUGCAGCUCUGUCCAUUUUCUUGACAUUUGGAGUGGCUGGGUGGUUUUCUUCUUUCACCAACCAUCGGAAGUACAACCUCGCCGACUGCUAUGGCCUCCUCACUCUUUGCGAUCAACGGGUCGAACAACUUAAGAAGAUCCCUGCCGAUGGAAUUGAGACAACCCAUCCUUUGGUCUCAGGUGGCUGGAAGUAUCUAAACGGCUUUCUCCUGGCUGUUUUGAAUGCUUCCAAGAUCCCAACAGCAGACUCUGCUCAAUGGAGGUUGAUGAGUAAGAAAUGGGCCGAGACCUUGACUCCUGCCCAGAUUGGUGAAUUAGUCCUGGCCGAUGUUUUUGCUGAAGUUGCUCAACCUGCCUACUCGGUGUCUUUGACUGGAAAAUACGCGGUCCAUCCGGUUAUUGACGCUGGAACGGAAAAAAAUAAAGAUGGGGUUUUGCAGAUCUUGAAAAAGACUAUGCCUUUCUUGCUCAAGGGUUCUCAUGGGUUGGGUGAUGAUGAAGAAGAUGAAGAUGAGGAGGAAGAGGGGGAAGAGGAGGAGGACGAGGAAGAAGAGGGGAGGGAGGAGCGCGCUGAACACAAACAAAGGGCGCAAGAAGCAGUCAAACUAUUUAUUCAAGACGAGGCUGAGUGUUCUGAUGAUUGA